UUCAGGGACCCUGCUGGAUUCCGGAACUGUGCUGGAUCUAGGAACUGUGCUGGAUUCAGGGACCGUGUUGAUGGAAACAGAGACCACUCGUGACCUAACGGUGGACUUUCAGGAACUCGGAGGACGUUCAGGAGAUCCGACGGUGGCCUCAGAUGAGCUUCUGUACCGACAACACGCGGCUGUGACCCGGAGGAAGAGGAGCAUCUUGUUUCCUAGUGGAGUCAAACUGUGUUCUCAGGAGACUCAGGACCAGGUCUUCCAGAACCACCUGAGCUACUUUCACCUCAGAGUGUGUCAGGAGACCGUGUGGGAGGCCUUUAAGAUCUUCUGGGACCGGCUGCCGGAGGGGAAUGAGUACCAGGACUGGGUCGGUCGCUGCAUGAAUGGCUCGGUCAGUGUCAUGGACAUGGGCAGCUUGUUCAGCCGGUCCGAGGAGCACGUCGCCUUCAUCAGGAGCAGAGUUUCCAUGGCGACGUCUUUAAACAGUGUGUCCGUCACCUCAGUGCCGCCUCCUCCCUGCAGCUCUGACGCUGGACACUCGCAGACAGACACAGAAGACGCUUUCACACUCGGACCAGAGACGACUUCACCGUCAGUCCUCACUGAUGCUGACACUCCCACAGAAUCUGAAGCUGGAGACACAGCUGAGGACACAGAAGACUCUGUUACCCACAAAGAAGAGGGAACCAUUCAGACGGUAGAAUCUGCAGAUGAUAUAAAUCCUGGUGAGGUGGUGGUGGAACUUGACCAAGAGGUGCUUCAAGAAGUCACCCCAAAGAGUGAGGCUGUGACAGAAGCUGCUGUUGAGGUUCUUAGUAAGACCACUGUAGUACCAGUGACAGCAGCUGUCUCUGUGGAUCACUUAGGACUGGGGGUAUCUCCAGAACUUGGUGCUGAGGACUUGUCAGAAGGCAUCAUGGUGGUGAUCCCAGAAGGUGGUGGUGCAGAAGAGGGUCCAGAAGAAGAAAUUAACGACUCUUUAGUAGAUGUCAUCCUAAAUGUAAGUUCAGUGUUAGAAGAACCCACCGAGGAUUCACCUGAGCUCACCACUGGAACAGGACCAACUGCAGCAUUUCUUGAAGAACCUGAAGGCAACCUUCAUACAUCACCAGUGGAACAUCCUUCAGACGCUGUUGUAGAACUUAGCCGAGAUAAAACUGAAGACAACACAGAGGUACUCGCAACUGAAUUGCUCCUGAAAUUUACAGAUCCAGAUUCAGAGGAAGAACCAGAACAAGAACCUGUAUCAACUGCAGAAACCUCUACUGUGAUGACAGAGACAGAAACAAAAGCUGGUGAAGAUGACAAAAUGCCCGAGGAGAAAGUGACACUAACGCCUGAGAUUACUUCUGAGUCUUCUGUGGUGACUUUAGAUGAUGAAAGGGAAACCGACAUCUAUGACACGAAGGAGAUAAAACCAAAUACUACAGUGGUUAAAACCUAUGAAGAUAAACCAGCUGCAACACACACUACAGACAAACCAGAGGAGGCAGCGGAAGAAGAAAAGGCCUCUGACACUGCUGCUAAAGUGGAAAAAGAAAAACUAGCUCCUGUAGAAUCUCCAGCUGAAGAACCACAGAAAGCAGAGGAGGGGACAGUUGUGUUAACAGAAGAACCAACUGAAGGUGGAGAAGAAAUACUUGUAGAACCUGAAGAUGAAGAACACGGAGUAGUGACCACAUUUAAUCACUCAGAGGAUGCUGUAAAAGAAGCAGAACCUGAUAUCAAAUCUGAUGGUGAUGUAAUUGACCUUGACUUUACACCUGUAGAUAAAACAGAAGAAGGAGCUGGAGGUGAGAUAUUAGAGGAUAGAGAAGAAGUUGAUGUUGAAGAACCAAGAGCAGAAGUGGGUAAACCAGAGGUUACACAUGAGGUACGACCACAAACCUUCUCAGGGUCUGUUCUUCUAGAAGACACAAGUAAACCCAUGAUAACAGAUAACCAUGAUGCAGAACCUCCAAGAAGCUCUGUGUUUCAAGUAACUCCAGCAACCACAAUGGAGGGCCCUACCCUGGUGGAGGAUCCAGAAAGUAAGCUCCCAGAACCUGGACACGUUGAAAUAGAUGUCACCCCAGAGUUUGCGAGUGAAGCUGCAAGUGAAUCCUCAGGUGUUGUGACUCACAUGUAUUCAGGGAUGACUUUAGGAUCAGAAAGCCCACAUGAGGUCACCCCAGAUCCCUAUGAAUUGGUUGCCCCGCAACCUGCAUCUAAAGAAGACCUCACUCCGUCAGUGGUUCCCAGAGAGAACGUUGGUGACGUCUCUGUUCAUAUAAAAGCAGAGGAUCCUGGGAAAAUCCUGACCGAUGAUCCAGCUGAAGAACCAUCUGAGUCCUCAGAGAGAAUCAUGUCAGAAACUGUUGUGGGUGUUUCUGUGCAGAGUACCCUGGUUACUGAGGAGGCCACGCCCAGCCCCUCUUUGGGAGUUGCAAUCAAGUACGUGGUUGAGUACAAUAAUGGAAACUUCCCUGACCUGACAGAGAGACCUUAUGACACCGAUGGCAGCUUAUUGGAGAACAACGGCUUUGGUUUAGAGGACGACACGGAGAACUCGAUUGGCAACGAGAUAGACAACACUUUGUUGCGGCCCCCGAGGCCCCUGAAGGACCAGGUGGUGGAUCUGAGCAUUAAACUUAGAGGAGAAACCUAUAACGAUGCUCUGAGAGACCCAAGCAGCUUCCACUACCAGCAACUGACCCGAAGGUUCACACGUAAGAUUGAAGAGGCCUUUGAGAGGCUGCCGGGGUUUAAAGACGCACACGUCCUAGAGUUCAGGCCUCAGAAGGAUCUGAAUCGUGGUCUGGUAGUCCUGGUUCACUACACCAUCACGCUGGAGGUAGACGGAAGUGGAAUCCCCAACGACACCCUGGACUUCAUCUCUCUGCAGAACAACCUUGUGGAGAAGAGUUACCCUGGUGCUGCCGAGCAGCCCACUGUUGUCUACACCAUCACUGACUUCCGUAACUACAUCACACAAGCGCUGCAUAAAGAUGACUUCAUGACCAACGGCAGCCUGGAGACGCCAGCCGAGCCGCCACCGCAGGAGAACGCAGAGAAUUUGUUGCCUUCUGUGAAGCCAACGAGUCAACCGGCCAACACCUUCAGCAGCAUGGACAACGUUUUAGCGGCAGAGAAGCCUCCGGACGCUCCGAGCCAUGAGGUGGAAAUUAACGACGUGUUCCUGAAGAAGGACGACUUCCUGUUUGACACCUUUGAUCCAUGGAAAGAUCCUCAGAGUCGCAGCGUGAGUGAGAACGACGUCUUCAUGUUUGACGAGAGGACAACUUCUCCACCGACUGAGUUCCCUGACAAGACGUUGGACCUGGAGCGACCAAAUCAAGAUAAAAAUGGACAUAUUGAAGACGAGGGAUUUCUUCUCAGUAACACUGCUGAUGCCGGUGACCACAUUUCCAGAGGAGCCCUGGCUGGAACUCCUCCUCCAUCAACGAUGCAUCAGAAGGGUGCUGAGACCCUGUUGACUGAUGGAUCUGGCUCUGGUUUCUCUGGAGAUGGUCAGGAACCUGAUCUUUGGUCAAGGCAAACAUCUGACAGUAGCGUUUUGUACAUGGAGAGGGAUGACAGUCUGGAGGUACUACCACCUCCUGAUCUGGAGGAAACUGAUGAGGAGGAAGAAGACCAGGAGGAGGAGUGGGUUGUUGUUGAGCUGCCAACUACUGAGAAAGUGGAUUUGGAUGCUAUGGGAGUAGAAGUAACAAAAGUUCCUCCACUGCAGACAACAACAUUUCCUGCUGUUGGGGAGUCAUUGCUGAACCGUGGGAAUGAGGAACCUUUUCAUGAAAUUGUCGUUGUCACACCACACAUUAACACUGACCCACGACACUCAACCACAACUGAAGCUCCUGUAUUCUCACCCAAAGUAGCAUUGAAUGAUGAACUGUCCAUACAAACAGUUGAAAUGUCUGGCAUCUAUGAAGACUAUACCUCAACAGAACCACACAUGGAUUUGCAACCGGUCACAGACUCUCCUGAAUCUGAGACUUGGACCCGUGAGGCCCAGGUCUUUGUUGAACCAACUGAAUUGGCAGGUGAGCUUCAAGGAAGAUCUGACGUGACAGAAGUAACUACUUUAGCUGUGACUCAGCUUCCAGUCGUUACAGUUGAGUUGAUGUCAACAGAAGAUGUAGUUGAGGAAGCGGAGGCUGAAGUUUCUCAUACUGAUGCCUCCUCAACAAAAGAGGCCCCUGCUUUUGUCGUGUUUCACACAGUAACAAUCAAAGAGUCUAGAUUAAAAACAGUCACAGAGGAACCACAAGGACUGGAGGAACUCACUGACAUACCCAAACUACAGCUGCCAGAAUCUGCAGGUCACAGUGAGGUUGAGAUCUUAGAGGAGCAGCACAUAGGCACCACUGAUCCCUUAACAACAACAACAACUGCAGCACUGGUGAUUGAAUCUCUUCGCACAGACCUGGUCGUGGAUGAAGUCAUGGUUGUCACUACAACAGCUGUUGCACCCAUCUCAAUUUCAUCCAAAAAUUCAGAUGACAGCAACAGCAGCAGCGCCGUGCUCUCACCUGAGAUGGACUCGCCUUUCACUCGAGUGUCAGAUUCGGCUCCCGAAGACGAGGACCUGGUUCAAAAUGAACUGCCGAGUUAUGAAGAUGUUGAGGAAGUUCCAGUAAGCGCUCCGCCUCCAGCGCCAUCUUCAGAAGCUUCUUCCACAGACGAACGUGUGGCCUCGACUGAUACGUCACAAGCAGGAGAAGCUACAGAUGUUUUCCAGAUGAUUUCCUCACCACAGGACGUCAAAAACAACACCCCUGCUACUGAGAUACAAACUUCUGAGCAUAGCUUCUCCAACGUGCCAACCAUCGACGUCAGCUUUGACCUGUUUCAGUACGGUGGUGUGGCAACUGAAGGCGACAGCAGUGGUUAUUCCAGUGGGGCUCAUGGGUCAGAUUUGGAUGCUAUCGUAUUACCGACCCGCCCAGGCAGAGCCCUGACUGUGUUUUUCAGUCUGAGGGUGACCAACAUGGCUUUCUCCAUGGACCUGUUCAACAAGAGUUCUCCUGAGUACAAGGCCCUGGAGCAGCGGUUCCUACAAUUGCUGGUCCCGUAUCUGCAGUCCAACUUGAACAACUUUAAGAACCUGGAGAUUCUGAACUUCAGGAACGGCAGCAUUGUGGUUAACAGCAGAAUGAGAUUUGGCAAACCCGUUCCCCAAGGUGUCACCAAUGUCGUCUACCUGAUCCUGGAGGACUUCGCCGAUACUGCUUACCAGACCAUGAACCUGGCCAUCGACAAAUACUCACUGGACGUAGAAUCAGGUGAGGGGGCGGAUCCCUGUAAGUUCCAGGCGUGUAACGACUUCUCCAGGUGUCAGGUGAACCCGUGGUCGGGCGAGGCCGAGUGCGUGUGCGACGCGGGUCACGUGAGCGUGGAUGGCCUCCCGUGUCAGAGCGUCUGCGACGUCCAGUACGACUUCUGCCUCAACGACGGCAAAUGUGACGUCAUCCCCGGCAAGGGCGCCAUCUGCAGGUGUCGAGUCGGAGAGAACUGGUGGUAUCGUGGCGAGCACUGCGAAGAGUUCGUCUCUGAGCCGCUGGUGGUCGGCAUCGCCGUCGCCUCCGUGGCUGGUUUCCUCGUGGUGGCGGGCGCCAUCGUCUUCUUCCUGUCGAGGACGCUGCGAGAGCAGUACGAUGGCGAGGACUCUGAGGACCCGGUGAGACGCGGCGACAGCAAGUUCAGCCCCGCGUUAGAGAGUGAUCCGGUCGGCGUGCAGUACUACCGUCGCUAUGACGACGACCUGCCGCAGUACUACAGCCGCCGUGACCGUGACCUACCAGAGUACAGCAGCGAGGACUUGAAACAUGUCUACCAGAACACGACGCUGUCCACAGAGGAGGUCCAGGAGCGUCUGAGGAUCAUCCAGUUGUGUACCAGAGACCAACACUUCGCAGACUUUGUGCGACAAACACAAGUGUUCCUGGAGAGACGCAGCAGCUUCGACACAUAGAGACAGAGGACAGCAGUGAUGUCAUGACUUUGUCACUGAUUGGCUGUCUGCCUUCCCCUUUGACCUUUGAAAGGGAGGAGUCUUCUGUGUCCUCUCUGUUGGACAACUUUCCUCCUGAACUGAACUUUGACCCUGCAGUGUGACUUCUGACCUGUAAAUCCUGGUGUGUUUUCACUGUUUCCUGUUUUUGUCUUAAUCUUUGAUUGUUCGCCUCAGCUGUUUCCUGUCUGUGACUCCGCCCCAUCAGUGCCUUCGCCGCUUCUUUGGGACGUGAUUGUUUUGCUGUAUUUUCCGAUCCUUUGACGUUAAAUCUGCAUUGCGACAGCGCACAUCAACAAGCCCCGCCUCUUCUGUUUGUUGUCCGUCACACAAUUGUUUACAUUUCUGUCCGAUAAAUCCUGGUUCCCACUGUUAGCAUAGAUUUGUUUUCUUGUUUUCACGUGUUUACAACGUUUUUCUUUGAAUAGGAGAAGUUUAUUUACGCUGUAACUUCACACGUUCAUGUCGUUACAACUUCACAAAAACAUCACUUGAAACGUGUAAAAAAUCAUUACG